GUGUCUCAGUGAGCGUAUCAACUUUUAGCCUAGUGGCAAUCUCUCUUGAGAGAUAUAGUGCCAUAUGCAAACCCCUGCAGUCUCGGGUCUGGCAGACCAAAACCCAUGCCUUGAAGGUAAUUGCAGCCACAUGGUGUCUGUCUUUUGUCAUCAUGACGCCAUACCCGAUUUACAGCACCCUGAUGCCUUCAGCGCUUCCUAACAGCACCACAUCCAAGUGUCGUAUUAAUUGGCCAAGCACAAUGAUCGAGCAGUCCUGGUAUAUUUUCCAACUCCUCAUCCUUUUCCUUAUCCCGGGGAUCGUAAUGAUGAUAGCGUAUGGAUUAAUCUCCUUGGAGCUCUAUAGAGGGAUAAAAUUUGAUGUCAGCAACCGAAAACUUUCUCGAGAAAGGAAAACUAGCGGGAACAGCAGGUUUGAAGAUGGGGAUGGUUGCUACUUAAAGAAGAACAAGAAGCAGCAGCAGCAGCAGCAGAUACCCCUUCGUCAACUUUCCUCCAUCAGCUCCUCCAGCAACAACCAGAAGAUUGACCGACCGAGGAGCAGUACUUCCUCGGCCAAUCUGAUGGCCAAGAAGCUGGUGAUCCGAAUGCUGAUUGUGAUUGUGAUCUUGUUCUUCAUCUGUUGGACGCCCAUCUUCAGCGUCAACACCUGGAGGGCAUUUGACUCCACCUCGGCUCAGCUCCUCCUCUCCGGAGCGCCCAUCUCCUUCAUCCAUUUGCUCUCCUACACCUCCGCCUGCGUGAAUCCGAUUGUCUACUGCUUCAUGAACAAGCGUUUUCGCCUGGGUUUUCUCGCAACCUUCGCUUGCUGCGCCCGGCAACGCCUUCCAGCAACCCGCGCCGAGAUGGGAGAGGACGAGGAAGGAAAGACAACUAGGGCGUCCCUGUCCAGGUAUUCUUACACCCACAUGAAUAUGGCUGUCCCUCCAUGA